UCGCGACCCACCCCGAGGCGGCUGACAGUCUGAGUGGACGAGUGGGAUGACGUCAAGAGGAAGACACUCCUGUUGCGGGAUGUGGUGUCGCGGCCUGCAUCAAAGGUGGCCGUUGCUGCGACCGCAAGGGCCUUGGGGGUAUCUGGUUCCUGUCGGAUCGACGUCCAUCUGGCCAGGGCCCGUCCCUUUCCCCAGUCUCCUAACCCACACCCCAAAAAAGGCCCGAAAUAACUCCUCAUCCCUAUGGCCCCACAACUCCCUAAUAGCCGGGGACUUAAUAUAAGUUCUGACUCGGUCCAUAGUGCCGAUUUUAGUUCGCAGCUCCUCUCGCACGCCAGUCACCACUCUUUUCACGCAUUCCGAUUCGAUCCAUCACGCCGUCAACAUGUCCGCCCCGGCUGGAACCAACUCGAAGCUUUUCACGCCCUUGCCAAUUGCCAAUGGCAAAUUGACGCUGAAGCAUCGGGUCGUCUUCGCCCCGUGUACGCGCAACCGCUGCACCCCGCUUCAGCGAGAGAGCACUCCCGAGAAGCCGAACCGAGUCUGGUAUCCCAAUGAUUUGAUGGCCGAAUACUACCGCCAGCGAGCGAGCGAUGGCGGCCUUAUCAUCAGCGAGGGAAUCGCUCCUUCGUUAGAGUCCAACGGCAUGCCUGGUGUUCCUGGCCUUUUCGUCCCGGAGCAUCGCGAAGGCUGGAAGAAAAUCACUUCUGCUGUGCACUCGCAAGGCGGCUACAUUUACGCGCAGCUGUGGCAUGCCGGCCGGGCCACCAUCCCCCAGAUGACUGGCACGGACGCUGUCUGCUCAUCUUCGUCCUCCUGGGAUGAUCCUAACGAGCCGUACCUUUUCCCUCCUGUGGGUAGCACCAAGCUCGUCAAGUAUUCCGAGUUCCCGCCCAAAGAGCUAUCCAAGGACCAUAUCAAGCGGACCAUCGAGGACUACUGCUCUGCGGCGCGCAUGGCCAUGGAAGCGGGCUUCGACGGUGUCGAGGUGCACGGCGGGAACGGCUAUCUUCCCGAACAAUUUUUGAGCAGCAACAUUAACAAGCGCACGGAUGAGUAUGGCGGUAGCCCUGAGAAGCGGUGCACGUUUGUGUUAGAGUUGAUGGGGGAGCUGGCGAAGGCGAUUGGCGAGGAGAACGUGGCAAUCCGCCUGAGUCCGUUUGGGCUGUUCAACCAGGCGCGCGGUCAGCAGAGGAUGGAAACAUGGGGUCACCUGAGCCGGAAGCUCAAGGAGCAGCUACCAAAGAUGAGCUACGUGAGCUUCAUCGAGCCGCGAUAUGAGCAAAUCUUUUCGGAAGAAGAAAAGGAAAAGUUCCUGGCGAGCUGGAAUCUACGCGACGUGGAUCUCUCCAUGUUCCGUGAGAUAUUCGGCAACACGCCCUUCUUCUCGGCGGGCGGUUGGGACGACAGCAACAGCUGGGGCCUGCUCGAAGCCAACAAGUACGAUGCGCUGCUGUACGGGCGGUACUUCAUCAGCAACCCGGACUUGCCCGAGCGGCUGCGGAAUGGUAAGCCCUUGACCAAGUACAACCGGGCCAAGUUCUACGGGCCGAUCGAGGACCCCAGUGGAUACACGGAUUACCCCAGGUGGGAGGAGGGUAAGAACUAGGCUGUAGAUAUCCGUAGGCCGUGCGCGUAAGAAGCGAAAUCCAUAUUGUUGCGCGUCACCGAGUGGAGCGACUGUGAUGGGCGAU